AUGUCGACGAUUUGUCGACUGUAUGUCGAUAACUUGUCGAUGUUGGUAGUUUGUCAAUGCUCUUAUGAUGGCUCCCAGACUCAUUAUUCCAGCACCCAGCAUUUCACUGGCCGCGUCACAUAUAGGGGCACUGGAAUUUUUGCCAAAAUUAAAGCUCGGUUUGAGGAGUUCAACCUUAACAACACGGCGAAGGAAAGCCGUUUCGGGAGCUUCUGGAAUGCCGUACCACUGACAUUCUCCUCGGUGUUAUUUCACCAGCUGAUGCUCCACAAAAUGAAAGUGGAUGCUCAGGAGGAGUUGAGGAUGAGGUUUUAUGUUGGUCGGAAGGAGGUCCGAUUCGGGGUGCUGGAGUUUGCACUCAUUACGGGUUUGGACUUCUCCUCGGGGCCAACAGAAGAGGAGAAGGCUGCGCAGGUCGCGCGCUCGGGGUCAGACCGACUGAUCAACAAAUAUUUCAACCGGUCUGAUAGUGUGAAGACAGAAGCACUCCAACUUCAGUUCACAAACUGCCAGAACCCGGAAGACUUGUACAAGCUCGGCUUGUGCUUGUUUGUGGAGUCAGUGCUUCUGGGCCGCGAGGCCAACGCGCUGAUCACGCCUCACAUCAUUAGAUAUGUGGAAGACCUCGAGUUCUUCUUCCGGAUUCCUUGGGGGAAGCACUCAUUCGCCAGACUCAUGCACUCGCUUCAGAAAGACAUGUUGAAACAGAAGGCCAACUACGAGAAGAAGCUGAGUUCGGAUGUUCAGCACGAGUGCAAAUACACAGCAUAUGGCUUCGCACCUGCAGUCCAAUAUUGGGCGUACGAGGCCAUUUUGGAGGUUGGCAAGAGGUAUGGCACGAACCACGGGAUUCGGUUCCCCAGGAUGCUUAGCCGGACGAGCAAAGGCGAUAUUGGGAAGAAAGACGUCAGCGCAUUAUUUUCUAGACGGAAUCUGGAAGUGGUGAAGGGGCUCCUUCCACGGACAGAGGAGGAGGCAUUUGUGAGGACAAUUUCUUACGAUGGUGUGGAGAACCUGGUUGAUGAUGCUGUGGAUGACACAGAGGCUGAGGCAGGUAGUCAGGUACCAGAAACUCAGGUCCCAGACACUCAGGAAAGAGACACUCAGGUACCAAUUUUUGGAACUUUUUUUUAUGUCUUCAUUUUUUAUUAUUUUUGUUUUGUGAUAUUUGUUACAUUGUGGAAUUAUCGUAUGCUUACCGUAUUUUUUUGAUAUAUAU